UUCUUGGCCAUCAUGCCAUCCACAUUUGCUCCAACUGGAAGCGGAGCUAUCGUCCGCCAGACGCUCGUGUUCACCCGCACCGCCGGCGGCGUGCUCCGGUGGAGGGCCGUGGUGAUGGCAAGACACUGCUGGGCUUGGUGAUUUUCCAGGCAGUCUGCACCACAUUGAACAAGAGCCCACUCUACCAUUCUGCUGCUGGAGUUCGAACAUAAGUCCGCACCACGGUCUCCACAGACCCUCAACAAGAGCAUCAUCAGACCACAGCUCUACAGCUCGAUGGCGCGAAGCGAUACCACAAGAGGCCAAAGCACCACUUUCAGUCCUAUAUUGUGGCUUUCACCACCUCGUGGCUUCCACGAGACACGCGAUGCACCAAGCUGAAGAUUCGCCUGCUUAGCUGGCUUAGCCGCAUGAGGGAUAUCCUCAAUAGAGACAAGUCUUAUGCAGACCUUUUCGGACUACGCGAUGUUCCAAGCUGGAUUCGUGGGCUCCCAAAGUAGCUUUCGCCAAGACACCCCGUUCUUCAGCCUCCCCAGAGACACCAGGCGAUAUGGGGCUAUCGUUGCUUGGCAGACUGCUCUAUACAGCAAGUGGACACUCGUCUGUCGAGCGUGAGUCGUCUACGCCUUCCACCGACAUUCAGACCACGUGUGCGCCACGCGCUGCAUUAGUUCUCUCACCACCUCACCAUAGCUUCAAUACCCACCUGCACCAGCGGUGAGUCCGAAGGCGGCUCUGAGCGAUGGCUUCCACCAGGCGUGCAUCCCAUCCAGUGCUGGACGUUGAUGGACGCCAUAGAACGUGUGUGAGCUGUACACCUUCCGACCAGGGCUCGAUGGACUGGCGAGGCUUACAUAUUCGCCUGGAGCUGUCACGAUGAGGGUGAGCCACCAUUCUCCGCCUGCGAGUCCAGGCGUACCGCGAGGUAUAAGACUGCCACCACGAGAUCCCCUCGCGCGACCCUUCACAAGAGCUGUACCACUGUGUUGAGCGAAGAUGCGCUUCUUUGCGGCGCUGUCCCUCGCCGGGUUGGCGUUGGCCAACCCUGUCAAAGAACUUGAAGCACGUCAACUGAACGCGGCUCAGUCCUCGACAUGUUCUAUUUCGUACACACGCAGCUGUGCUGCCGGCACAUCUAUGAGCGCUGCUCGCACCUGGUGUUCAUCUCUCGGCUAUGGCACCACUUGGAGCACUGUCCGGAAAACGGCCACAGUCAACAGAACCGUCAUGAUGACCAUGACCUCUACGACGAGCACUUCUACCAUUACCGCAGCACGCGUGACCAAUACAGCGACCUCUGUGAGAACAACAAUGACGACUCAAACGACGACCAUGACUAGCUCAACCACGUUCACGGAGACCCAAGUGAUCAACACUUUCGGCGUGAUUGACGCUUGCCCGAACUACACACCGGAAAACACCAACCCGAACCCAGAAGUCCCAGGAGUGGACUCAACAACAACCUCUGCCACCACUACCACUGCUGCUGCGUCGUCCUCAUGUGCUCUGGCCCGACCAGCAGGUCCAAGUGGCGAUUGUGGAGGCGUUCUGGGCUAUCGAUCGAGAGAGCAGGACGGCAACGGUGUGACGCUGUCGCAGGGCACUCUCACAGACCUUGCGUCGAUCGCCAGCCUCGAAGGCUGUGCGCUUGCGUGUCGCAAGUUCGACGAUUCCGGAGCUCUUGGCUCCGUGUCUGGUCUACCAGGAUGUAUAUCUGUAUACUGGGCGCCCAAUAGGUCUUGCGAACUGUACCGCGGUCACUUGGGUGACACUCGCUGGAUGCCAGGCACCGGAGCCAACGCAAGAUAUCAAGCAGCCUUCAUGAGCUGUUUCACGUGCUCAGCUGGAACUGCCCAAGCACAAAGUACCACUACCACCACAAGAACCACUACUACUACUACGCCCGCUUUGACAACGACCACUCCGGCGAUUACGACUACUACAACAUCACCACGCGGCCUGGGAUGCCCCAAUCCAACUCUUACUAGCUUCACCAGAGCAGGAGUGGUUCGAUACUACGAGUGGUGUAUGGCUUACAUGAACCCCGGCAGCGUCAACAUCCGACCCCAAAACCUGGAGGGCUGCGAAGCUGCAUGUAUCGGCAAUUGUAUUGCCUUCAACUAUGGCGGAGAUGACAAUAACUGCCGGACCCUCACUGCGGCAGUCACAACGGUCUCGGCCCCCUGGUAUGGAUGGAAAGCGUACUCACUCGUGAGCAAGUCCACCAUCUCGCUCGCCGGCACCACGACCGCUGCCGCCGCCAACACUGUGCCCACCACAUGCGCAUUAGCCACCGCGAGUGCUAGCAACCCCGCCCUUUGCAAUGUCGGAGGUAAUCUGUGGUCGGCCCAUGACGGCACUGGUCCAUUGAAGCAAAAGUACCUUGCGAACGUGCCGAGCAUUGAAGCCUGUGCAGCUGAAUGUCGCAAACUUGAUGCGUCGGGCGAGAUUGGAGAAAGUGGAAUGCCGGGCUGCAAGAGUGUUUGGUACCGUUGGGACCGAACGUGUGAGCUUCAGCGUAAGGACCUCAAUGCCAGCCAUUACGAAACAUCAUUCGUGGGCAAUGUGGCCAAUAUGGACUGUUUCUCUUGUGCAGCUGUCGGAGCACCUUCGAGCUCGACUACGACUACUACAAGGACGACAACAACGACUUCGUUGACCACUACGACUAGGGCAUCCACUACUACUACUGCAUCCACCACCACUACUGUAGGCGGCAGUACCUGCGUCUUCGUCGGGGCUUCAGCGCCCGAUCCAUCUCAGUGUGCAGAGCUCCGAGGCUGGCCGCGGCGCGGUAGCGAUAGUGUGGGAAGCUUCCAGCAACGUAUCCAGGUAGACUCGGCUUCGACAAGCAGCCUGGAGUCCUGCGCACAAACUUGCAAGGCGUUUGAUCAAUCUGGGGCAAACGGCGAGAGUGGGUUGCCCGGCUGCAAAUCAUUCUCUUUCGAGCUGGGUAUGACUUGCAUCUUGUAUCGAGUGAGCAGGAGCUCGCUCACUUACGACAAUCCUGGGCAUCCCCAAGGACCGAAGGUGGCCAAUCUCGCCUGCUACCAGUGCUCAAGUGGAACGAUGACGACGACCACGACGAGGUCAUCCACCACUACUACUGCACCCACUACUACUACUGCAAGCACCACUGUUGCUGUAGCUCUAACAGGACCAGGAAGCUGCGCACUGUCCACAACCGCCCCGCUCCCGCCUGACCCAUCAGUCUGUUUCGAGCAGUACACUGGAACGGUCAACAACAUGACUCCUCGGCAAACGCAACUCAUAGAUUCGGCUUCGCGCGCUAGUAUCGAGGCCUGCGCAAAGGCCUGCAAGUUAUUCGACCAGGCUGGGUCCACCGGCGACAGCGGAGCACCGGGCUGCCAGGCAUUUUCAUGGGAUAGCAGCAGCUGUACAUUGUAUGGAGUUGCAGUCAGUCAGCUCGCCCUGUCUUAUGGCACUGGGCCACGCUUCUUGGACUUGGCCUGCUACCAAUGUUCGGGUUUUGCAAGUGGAACGACAACUACAACUUCUGCAGCGUCCACCGCUUCUGUUGUGGCUAGUGGCUGCGCAUUUGACGCACCUUCUGCGCCCGAUCCAUCUCAGUGCUCAGAGCUAAAAGGUUAUCCCGGUGAAUACGGAAACGACCAAAUCGUUCUCACCGACUCGGUGUCGCGCCGCAGUGUCAAUGAUUGCGCGAAGGCAUGCAAGUCAUACGAUCAGGGAGGGUUCAUCGGCCAGAGCGGACGUGCGGGCUGCAAGUCCUUCUCCUUCUCUCAAGACCAGCACUGUAUCUUGUGGCAAGUCCCAAGGGCUCAGCUGCGUGUCAACCCACAGUGGUCUGGUCCUGAGGUAAUCGACAUGUCCUGUUACCGGUGCGCAGGCGUUGCAACUCCUACUAGCCCGCCGCCGGCUCAAGUCACGAAUGGGCAGUACUCUUCUUGCGACGGGAGCAGCCUUCUGGAGUUCAACAACGGAGCCACCUAUCAGGUGUUCUGCGGCUCCAUCAGAGCCCCAUCCAUCAUCGCCACUCUUACCAAGUACAGCAUCGAGGACUGCGCAGCAGCCUGCACUGAUGAUUCAAACUGUACAGCGGUAACAUGGCUUCAAAAUGGCCCGGCGGCCAACAGGUGUCAGCUGAAGCAUCCAGCGGGAUCGGAAAGCGGAACUGCAUACACUUUGGAGGGUCGCGAUUCGGCCUUCCCGGCUGACACUAUCAUCGUAUCUGCUGGCAGAGUGAAGAGAUACACCUACGACCCUUAUCCGCACGCAUCGAUGGCGUGGAAGCGUGAUGAAACCCUGUCGCCACGACAAGGACAAUAUCCCCAGCCGGGCUGCCUGAAGGCUACCAAUGCCGUUCAAACCACCGCGGCUUGCAACUGUGUGAUCCCAUCAUCAUCGGUCACUCUCACUCAGACUGUGUCGUCGAUCGUGACCAAUGCGAGAACAAUCAGCACCACGCUGAAUCUUGUGGCCACAACAACGAUGACACCUACAACGACUAUCACAACCACCCGCGUCACAACCCUGUUCCGAACCAAGACCAUCACUGCUUGGAAGACAUUCAGCACAACCGCGACAGUUGAGAGCAUUACUUCUUACUCUCUUCAAGCCACCCCAUCAGCCUUCUACAUCGUCGACAAGGACAUGGCAUUCGCCGAGUGGCCAGCCGAUGCAGACGAGAUCCACUACCACAUCCAAUACGAUUGGGAUCAAUCUGAUGACGAAUACGCUCCUACCGUCUUCUCCCUUGACAACGACAAACUCAAAGUCGCCGAUCUUUCGAACAUGGAUGGUGCGGCUGAAGGCUAUCCCGUCGUCGGCCAGUCUGAUGGAACUGGUAUGCAACUCAUGGCACUGGCAGAUGGCGGAGGCCUCGAGAGCCCAACAUGUAGCAUUGAGCCUACGAAGGAGGGACAAUGUCCUAUCAUCUGUCGCAUGGGGAAUAUGGAAGUCAAUACGAGAAAUGGAGAUGGUUUGUGGACUUUGGUGCCCAAGGGCGGUGAAGAGGGUUUCACGAAUUAUGCUUUGGCUGCUGAUGUUGCUGUUGAGGAUGGAGAGAUGGAUAUUGGGGAGCCCACGUGGGCUUAGAGCAUGAGUUUAGGAUUUGAUGAGUUAAUGAUAGGCAUGAUAUGAUUUGCAUUAGAGACAGCG